AUGUCUAGUGGCAUGUUGUUCAUGCGAGAAAAUUUUAUGAAAUUAAGGGUGAAAGAGGAACCUUCUGAAGUGUCGUUCAAUGAAGGUGGAGAUGGAAUAAUGAACGAUCCAAGUGAUCAUAAAAACUUCCAACUAUUGACAUUUCGAGAUAAUCUGGUCCUUCGGAUUCCAAGAUGCGACGAUAUGAUGAUUGAAUUCGAAUGUAAAGAUGUGAAGCCCGAUAAGAAUUUAUUACUACUAAAUAAAGUUAAUCAAAACAAAAUAAAAAAAGAGCCCACGGAGAAACUGAAAGAGGAAAUCAUUGACGACAUGGCAAAAGAAUCGAAUUCUAAUUUUGACGGUGAAGUCAAUAAUGACAUAGAAAUUGAAUUCGAAUGUCAAGAUGACAAGCCCGAUAAGAAUUUGUUACUACGUAGGAAACUAGACAAUUACUCUCAAAAUUACUUGCAGAAUAUAGCAGAUAGCAGUGGUUGUAAACCUUUCAACAGAGUAAAAAAAGAGCCCGCUGAGAAAUGGAAAGAAGAAAUUAUCGGCGACACGUCAGAAAAAUCGAAUUUUGAUCGUGAACUUAAUAAUGACACGGAAAUAGUUUUUGAAUAUGAAAACGUCAAACUCAGUGUGGAUGUUCCAGAAGUUCGAAAAGCGAAAAAAGAAAAUUGUAUUGAUGGUGCAGAAGAAAUGAAUUUGAAUUGUGAAUUAGUCAAACAAACUAAAAAAAAAAUAAUUACGAAAAAGUCGGACUAUCAACAUUAUCUGAAUGCACAAAGUGAUGCGGUUCAAAGUAGUAACAUCUCCUCGCGUAAAUCAAGUGGAAAAAAAUGUUCUCAAAACAGUAAACUCAAAAUCCACAUUGAUACGGUGCAUUGUAAGAUCAUUUAUGAAUGUGAUGUAUGCAAAGAAACAUUCGACUGUAAAAGUUAUCUCAGAACCCACAUUGUUUCGAAGCAUAGUGUAAUCAAUUUUGCAUGUGAUAAAUGUGGAAAGGAAUACUCUUCGAAGAGUGUGCUCAAAAAACACAUCGAUGCGAAGCAUAACAAAAUACUUCAUGCAUGUAAUACAUGCGGGAAGACAUUCAUGCACAAAUCCAGUCUCCAUACCCACAUCAAUGUGGCACAUAAGGGUGCCACGCAUAAAUGUGGUUCAUGUGAAAAGACAUUUAGAAUUAAAAGUCAUCUCCAAGACCACAUCGAUUCGAAGCACAAUGGUACCGGGCCUAAAUGUGAAAUAUGUGGGAAGAUAUUUUCACGCAAGUGGACUGUCAAACUCCACAUUAACCUGGUUCAUCUUCAAAAGCACAACCGAGCAUCGGGCGCUGAGGCCACUUAUGCAUGUGCUAGAUGUGAAGAAACAUUUACACGAAAAGAUCACCUCAAAGCCCACAUGGAUUCUAAACAUAACAAAUUUGUGUGA